CGGAGGAGAGAUGGCCAGUUUGGCAGUUGGCGCCACCAGUUCGGCCGACACAUGGCCACUGCCGCUAUCAUCGCCGAAAUUUGGAAUCUCGGCGAAUUUGGGGGGAAUUGUUUUUUUUUAUAAGUUCGGCUUGUCGGAAGGCAGUGACUUCCGCCAGCUCAAACCCUAAAAAAAUCGAGCAAAUGCGACGCCACAUUCGGGAUUGACCACUCCCUUGCCAGAACUGGUUGGAUUCAAAGCUCCCCGGCACUUCAUCGCAUUGCUGAGAUCCCCUAUUCUCUUCUAUUCUGCUAUUGAUUUGGGACUUCAAGAUGGUUUCCACAUUCUCUACCUUUGCUGAUACAUGGUGGAGAAGCUUGUUUGACUUCAUGACUACGCUUUGCAUUAACUUUCUUCCCUAGAUUACAAGAGUGGGUACUUUUUGUUAGGAAAGCUAAUUGUGGUGCAAAAAUGGUGGAAACAUGUGUUGGUCCAAGUGAACUUCAUUUGAAGAAGGAGCUUACUGCUCUUCAAAAGGCUCGGUUUUUACGUGACCCUGAAACAUGUUCUUCUUGGAAGUCCCCAGCCAGUUCUAAAUCCCUAAUUGCUAUCUCCAAUAUAAAUUCCAAAAAUCAAAUAAUAGGCGAUUUAGCAGGAAAAACCAAUGUUUCACAUGCAAUACUUGACAAAGGUGAAGCAAAGAGCAAUAAGAUAUAUCUUUAUAAUUGGAAGCACCGAUCUACCAGAUCUAUUGAUAAUGGGACAAAAUCAGUUGAAGAUAAACAGCUAUCAGUCAGGGAAUCUUCUGAAGAUAAUCUAAGAAAUCAUCAUGUUCUGGAUUCUAAUAGUCAUGCAUAUCCUGAAUGUCUUGGAAGUAUAUAUAAAGUCACUGGCACAAAUUUAGAUGCUUUAUACAGGAAAACUGAUAGAACUUCAAGAAAAAGUUCCAAAGCAAGGAAAGGUAUGAAUAAUCAAGGACCAAUCUCAAUGUUACUUGAUAUGGAAUCUAACCCUUUGGCAUUUGUUAACUCUGCUGAACAAUCUGAUGAUGCUGAAAACUGCAAUGCUGAAGAUUUACCACAGUUGAAGCAUGAGCUAUCCCAAUGGAAAGUUCAGUGUUCCCUCUCAGCUUCACCAUUAUUAAGUGAUUCUGGAUUUAGCAAUUUGUCAUAUUCCUCCAAAAUCUUCAGAAUGAUGCAAAAGCAAGAAUCAUCAUCUUGCACUCCAGCAUCAACUAACUCCUACUACAAAUUUGGGGUUCAUAACCCCAGUGUUGUUGAUUCAUGUGAUGGUACAGCAACUUCUUGUGAGGGGGAUGAAUUGGACCGUCCAGAUUUACCUAAUAAUCAAGGUUGUGGAAUGAGUUGCUACUGGUCAAAGAGAACUAAAUAUAGAGGAAUUGGAGGCCUUAAUUCUCCUUCACUGUCAGACACUAUAAAAAGGAAAGGGAGUAUCAUUCUAUGUGGAAGGAAGAGAUCCUCUGGUCAUUCUAAGCCAAAGCAUACCUCUAAAGUUUCUCAAGGUUUGCCUUUGUUGACUAAUAGCUGUAAUGAUGGAAGUUCCUGCUUAGAUACAGCCAGUGAUGAGUUAUCAACUAACCUUGGAGAACUUGAUUUAGAGGCAGUAAGCCGAUUAAAUGGAAUGAGAUGGUCUAGCUGUAAAAGCCAAGAUACAUUGGAAGUAGCCAGACUUGGAGAAUAUGACUUGGAGCUUGAGGACAAAAGAGAUAUAAUCCAUAAGUACCAGCCAAGAUCCUUUGAUGAAAUUAUAGGUCAAAACAUUGUUGUUCACUCUCUUAGCAAUGCCAUCUUGUGGGGGAGAAUAGCUCCUGCCUAUCUGUUUCAGGGUCCUCGUGGAACAGGAAAAACUUCUGUUGCAAGAAUAUUUGCAGCGGCCUUGAAUUGUUUGUCUAAUGAGGACAAGAAACCAUGUUGGUUAUGUUGGGAAUGCACUGCUUUUUCCAGCAGAAGCAGAACAACCAUGCAUGAAGUGAAUGCCACGAGUAAGAAAAAGUUGGAUAAGCUUAGAUAUUUGUUAAAACAUCUCUCACUGUCUAAACCAACUUCUCGGUAUAGGAUCUUUGUUAUUGAUGAUUGCCACAUGAUAUCUCAAAAGGUUUGGUCGUCGUUUACUAAGUAUCUUGAAGAAGAUUUGCCUCGUGUUGUCUUCAUAUUUUGCACAAUUGACAUGAUGAACUUGCCUCACUCAAUUAUAACGCGUUGUCAAAAAUACAGCUUCUCUAAGGUCAAAGAUGUUGACAUUGCCUGCAGAUUAAGAAACAUUUCUGAACAAGAGAAUCUUGAUGUUGAACUGGAGGCUAUAAAUUUAAUUGCUUUGAAUUCAGAUGGUUCACCAAGAGAUGCAGAAUCAAUGCUAGAUCAACUGAGCUUGCUGGGAAAAACAAUAACAACUACUCUUGUAAAUGAUUUUGUUGGAGUUGUUUCUGAUGAUAAGUUGCUUGAUCUCCUGGAGAUAGCUAUGUCAUCCAACAAUGCUGAAACUGUUAAAAGGUCUAGAGAAUUGCUGGAUUCUGGUAUUGAUCCGAUUGCUUUGAUGUCUCAACUCGCCGGUCUUAUAAUGGACAUAAUUGCUGGUACCUACGAAUUAAAGAAUUUGCAGAUUCAUGACACAACUCUUGGGAAGCAUAGUUUAACUGAAGCUGAGUUAGACAGAUUAAAACAAGCUUUGAAAAUUGUUUCUGAUGCUGAAAGGCAACUCCGUUGUUCUAGUGAGCGCUCAACAUGGUUCACAGCAGCUCUGCUUCGUCUUGGUGAGAGUCAGUGUUUAGAAAACACUCAAUCUAGCAACAACAACAAACAGAACACUGACAUGGUUUAUAACACCAGAUUCUGUCAGGGCAGGAGAUCUCUUGGUGAUGCAAUAAUUGAUACUCGUCUAGCAAAUGAGGCAACAUGUGUGAAGUUAUGUGCACAUGCAAACUCAGAUGAUUUAGACAUGACCUGGAGAAGGUGCAUUGAUCAGUGUCAUUCAAAUACCUUGAAGCAAUUGCUAUAUGGCAAUGGAAGGUUGAUAUCAAUUACUGAUAAUGAAGGAACCUUGAUUGUUCUAAUUACAUUUGAGGAUGAUAAGAUAAAGACCAGAGCAGAGAGGUUUUUAAGCAGCAUCACAAACUCAUUUGAGAUGGUCUUGAAACAAAAUGUGGAGGUCAGGUUGAGUCUUCUACCAAAAAAUAAUGUUGAAGGAACAGAAGCUUCUUCAGAAUCUUCUGCAGGCAAUUUGCUCCAAAGAGAAGGCAGCAAUAAAGUAGAAUUAAAGACUGUAUCUGGCCUUUCUGAGAAAGACAAGCUUAAAAGAACAUCCAAUCUUCCAGUGAACAGUGUCAAUCAUUCUGAAAAGCUGCAAUCAGCAGAAAAACCUGAGAAACCUGAAGCAAUAGGAGACAACCAAGUACCUAGUAUUCCGAUGCCUUUGGCAGAAGUUAAAGGGGAAUCGACACAUCAGUGUCAGAAAGCAACCUCUGAUGAGCAAAGGUUAGAGAGUGUUUGGAUUCAAGCUGCAGAUAACUAUACACCUGAAUUCUUAGGUCACUCAAAGCCGGAGAAGAACCAGAUACUCCCACAAAAUGGUGCCAUUUCUCAGGCUAAUAUCCAGUCCCUUAUGGCUCUGGAUGCAGCAUCAAGAAGUAGGAUAGAUGAACUAAAUCAUGAAAUCAAUUGUUUAAAAGUCUGCGAUGCUGAGGACAGCCACAAGGAACAAGCUGGAGCUGCCAAUCCGCAUGUCGUUUCUCCAAGUCUAUUGCACAAAGAAAACCAGGGUUAUGAACCAGGACCCGGAUGCAAUGGGCUCCUCUGUUGGAGAACCAGAAAAAGCAAUGGGCGAAGGGUAAAACAAGGAGUUCUCAUUGGAUCAAAAAAGACUGGUGGCCAACUUUCAUUGUUAGGGCAGUGCUCCAAACUGAAUUCAUUCUCUCAAAUCGAAACUUACUGCCGCUAGCUUCGGUUGUAAAAGUGUCCAUCUUUGAAAGCUUUGCUAUACAAAACUUGAUCGAGCCUGAGACAGAUAUUUACUCUGCGAUUGAAUGGCUAGUAAAGAGCAGCUUUGGUUUUCCAGCGUAAUGGUUUCUCAUGCUGAAAAUUGAUCACGGAAAUCAAUUAAUUGAACACGAAUAGCUAUUUUACUAGUAGAUGAGAUUUGCAUCCUUAUCUUUGAUCUCUUACAUGCAGUAGCUCAUCUCUCUCUGUAGCAUUGCUUGGUGGGCUAUCAGUUGAGUUGCUUAUUGGGGUCUUGAGUUUGGAUUCUUGAUUCUGAAUGGUCCAACUUUGUUUUUUAAAUUUUCUACACUAUCAAAACAUUUUGUCAAGUCUUUGGUAAA